GAGAUAUAGAGAUAGAAAUGGAGAUGGAGAGGUGUCUGUAAGCAAGUAAUUAAUGAAAUCGAUUGAUCGAUCGAUCGAUCGAGUGUUCUUGGUUGAUUCAUUCUUCUGUAUCGCUUUUCCCGUUCUUGCUGACGACGAUUCAAUCAUCAUCAUCAAUUACGAUCGAUGGAAGUUCGUCUCAAUCCAACGGUUGAUCAUUCCUCCGUCCCACAACGGCAGCAACAUCAAUCUUCGCCGUCGAAGCAGCCUAAAGCUCCACCCUGUUCCGUCGAUACUUCUUCUGUCUCCUUAAGGCUCCAGAAAGAAUUAAUGGCUCUCAUGAUGAGUUGUGGAGAUGGUGUAUCUGCUUUUCCUGAGGGUGAGUGCAUCUUCAACUGGACAGGUACAAUUGAUGGUGGUAAAGGAACAGUGUAUGAGGGUUUAUCAUAUAAACUCUCUUUGUGUUUCCCUUUGGAUUACCCUUUUAAGCCACCUCAGGUGAAGUUUCAAACUAUGUGCUUCCAUCCGAAUGUCGAUCAAUUUGGCAAUAUAUGUCUUGACAUUCUUCAGGACAAAUGGUCAUCAGCUUAUGAUGUUAGAACCAUUCUGUUGUCAAUUCAAAGCCUUUUGGGAGAGCCCAACAAUGAAAGCCCUCUAAAUAGCAAUGCAGCAACUUUAUGGAAACAUGAAAAAGAGUAUAGAAAAAUGGUUAUAAAAGAGCAUUCAUCUGGACAAAUAAUGGAGAGCUGAUUAACACAAGUUUGUUUCUUCUUCUUCUUCUUCUUUGCUCUGUACUUUUAUGCUUGAACAUCUGAAAUAUAUAUAAAUUUGCUCUUCCCUGAGAAAAAAAACUAAGGGGUAGUAGCCAAAUUAGGCAAAAUCAUAUACAAGUUGUAAAUUUCCUUGAAUAAUAUGUUUUAUUGCAAUAUUAGAGAUAAAAUCUCAAUAUUAAACGAUUCUUAACUUU